AUGGACGCCGUGGAUGGCGGCCCGGGGGCGCCGGGCCCGCACCCCGGCAAGGUGGCCGCCGCCUGGGCACCAAGCCCCGGGCGCGUGGCCCUCCUGGCCUCGCUCGGCGUUGUCGCGCUGCAGAUCUUCCUCCUGCCCGCCUACUACUCGACCGACUUCGAGGUCCACCGGAACUGGAUGGCCAUCACCCACCGGCUGCCGGCCGGCCAGUGGUACUACGAUGUGCACAUCCACUUCCAGUACAACGCCCCGGCAUAUGGGCUCCUCUUGUAUGCCCUGGCCCUGGCCUGCCAGGGCCGGCGCCUGUCCGCGGCCGUGACCUUCUCCGCGUCGGUGGUCUUCAAACACAUCAUGGUCUACUCGGCCCUCGGGCUGGGGCUGUGGCUGCUCCUGUCGGCCGACCGGCCGGCGGCCCAGCGAGGCCCCACCGCAGCCGGGGCCGGGGCCUGGGGCCUGGCCCGCCGGGCGGCCGGGCGCCUGCCGGGGCUGGCGCUGGCCGCCGCCGGGACAUGCCUGGCGGCCUUCUGGCCUGUCCGGGCGCACACCGGGCAGAUCCUCCGGCGGAUGUUCCCGGUCGGCGCGCGCGGCAUCGUCCACUCCUACUGGGCGGCCAAUGUGUGGGCCCUCUACUGCGGGGCCGAGCGCGUGCUGGUCCUCGUCCUCCGCCGCGUGGCUCCCGGGCUGCUGGCCGCCCCGGCGCACGCCGAGGAGUCCCUCACGCGGGGGCUGGUCACCGGAACGCCGCUCUUCCGUGUCCUGCCCACCCCCACGCCGGCCGGGGCCCUGGUGGUCACCCUGCUGCUGAUGCUGCCCAGCGCGUGGGGUCUGCUGCGGGAAGCACGCGCCCCGGGGGGCCUGCGCCCCGCGCGCGCGGCCCUCCACGCGUCCAUGGGGCUCGGCGCCCUGGGGGCCUUCCUCGGGGCGUGGCACGCGCACGAGAAAGCCAUCCUCGGCUGCACGGUGGUGCUCGGCGUCGGACUGCUGGAUGUGGUGCAGCUGGGCCUGCUGUGCGCCCUCGCGCACGACCGCGUCGCCGAGCUGCUGGCCGGCGUCGGGCUGGACUUCCUGCCCCUGAUGCUGACCAGCCUUGUGUGCGCCGCAAACAUCCUGCUCCGGGUGUAUCUGCCCUACUCGCUGGCAUGUGUGCUUGCCCCCGGCGCCGAGUGA